AUGGGUUCAAACAGAGGUUUGUUCCCCGCUAUAAAUUCAGCUCAACGAGCAGCCAAUGCAACAACCACAUCUAGUGCUGCAGCAAACCAACGGAAGAAAGUAAUUUUACAACCAGGUCAUUCGCCACUUGAUUGGGCUCAAUUAAAUAGAACUCAACCACGACACAAGUUACGAGGAGUUCCUGCCAAUACUCCACCACCACAAUAUAUUUCGAUAAAUAAACAAGAAUUACAAAAACACAAGAGUUUACAAGAUUGUUGGACUUGUAUUAAUGGUAAAGUUUAUAAUAUCACUCCAUAUAUAAAUUUUCACCCUGGUGGUGUUGAAGAAAUCAUGAAAUGUGCUGGUAAAGAUGGAACCAGUCUUUUCAAUAAAUAUCAUAGUUGGGUUAAUGUUGAUAGAAUGUUGGAAAAUUGUAUUGUAGGAGUGUUUCAUAGAGAUUAA